GUACUGCAGACAGUGCAGUCACAGCCACAGCUACAGCGAGUCCAGCAGCAGCAGAGACAGGCUUAUUAUAACAUUUCUCUGUAGUGUAGUUUUAGGAAGCGUUUUCUGACUGAACACAGGCUGAGAAAAGUUCAUCAGUGCUGCUACGGUUAAACAGCAGUCGCUGCUGUAUCAUUAGGCUGCGUGUAGUGUGUGUAGAGUGCAGCGGUUAUUUAUUUAUUAGAGUGAGCUCUGGAUGUCACCUAUUAAGAAGUCCGGACGAUGCGAACUGCCUGCCUGAGUCCAUGAUCUCGUCAAAGAUGGUGGCAGCUCACACUUCUGCCCAUUCCUCCGCGUCUGCUGAAUGGAUAGUGUGUCUGGAUAAGCGACCAGCAGAGCGUUCAGCAGAAGAUGUGGACAUUAUCAUGGCCCGGCUGAAGAGUGUGAAAGCGUUUGAGAAGUUCCACCCCACCCUGCUGCAGCAAAUCUCUCUGUGUGGAUUUUAUGAGCGUUUGGAGAAAGGCAUUACAUUGUACAGACAGGGCGAUAUCGGCACCAGCUGGUACGCUGUCCUCUCUGGUUCACUGGAUGUUAAAGUUUCUGAAACUGCAAAUCAUCAGGAUGCAGUCACUAUUUGCACACUGGGCAUUGGUACAGCCUUUGGGGAGUCCAUUUUGGACAACACGCCUCGUCACGCUACCAUUGUAACACGAGAGUUCAGUGAGCUGCUGCGCAUCGAGCAGAGGGAGUUUAGGACUCUGUGGGAGAAAUAUCGUCAGUGCAUGGCUGGUCUCCUGGCCCCUCCCUAUGGUGUUAUGGAGAGUGGGCCCAGUGCUGACCGAAUGCCUGACAAAGAGAACCUGGGUAACAACUCUUUAGGAUCUGUGUCCAAGCACAAGAAUAAAAGAUCAUUUAUUGAAAACAUUGCCAAACUCCACCCCAAACCCAUAAUACAGGUGCCAUCAGAGAAGAUUCUGCGAGCAGGCAAAGUGCUGAGGAGCGCCAUACUCUCUCAAGCACCUCACAUGAUCCGAGACAGGAAGUUUCACCUUAAGACGUACAGGCAGUGCUGUGUCGGCACAGAGCUGGUUGACUGGCACAUGCAGCAGAGCUCCUGUGUGCACUCACGGGUUCAGGCUGUGGGGAUGUGGCAGGUUCUGCUGGAGGAGGGAGUUCUCAACCAUGUUGACCAGGAGCUGAACUUCCAGGAUAAAUAUCUGUUCUAUCGCUUCCUGGAUGAUGAGCAGGAGGAUGCGCCACUCCCCAGCGAGGAAGAGACGAAGGAGAGCAACGAAGAACUGCAGGACACACUCCUCCUCCUGUCUCAGAUGGGCCCUGAUGCCCACAUGCGCAUGAUCCUUCGAAAACAGCCCGGCCAGAGGACAGUAGAUGAUUUAGAGAUUAUUUAUGAGGAGCUGCUGCAUAUAAAAGCCUUAUCACACCUCUCUACGACAGUGAAAAGAGAGUUAGCAGGUGUCCUAAUUUUUGAAUCCCAUGCGAAAGCAGGAACAGUGUUGUUUAAUCAGGGUGAGGAGGGCACCUCAUGGUACAUCAUCCUUAAGGGCUCAGUGAAUGUGGUCAUCUAUGGAAAGGGUGUGGUCUGCACACUGCAUGAGGGUGAUGAUUUUGGAAAGCUGGCUCUGGUGAAUGAUGCGCCGCGUGCAGCCUCCAUCGUCCUGAGGGAAGAUAACUGCCAUUUCCUGAGGGUGGAUAAAGAGGACUUUAACAGGAUCCUCAGGGAUGUAGAGGCUAAUACUGUGCGACUGAAAGAACAUGAGGAGGAUGUUUUAGUUCUCGAGAAAAGCAACAUCAGAAGCUCCAGCCAUGCAGGAUCCUCUCCACUCAAGUACACUGUGAUGUCCGGCACUCCAGAAAAGAUUCUGGAGCACUUUUUAGAGACCAUGAAGUUAGAUUCCCAGUUUACAGAGUCAGAUCCAGCGCUGGAUGAUUUUGUGCUUAUGCACUGUGUGUUUAUCCCCAAUACUCAACUGUGUCCACUCCUCUUGGCCCACUACCACGCACACGCUUCUCAGGGCAGUGAUCAGGAGAGGCUGGACUACGCUCUGAAUAACAAACGCAGGGUCAUACGGCUGGUGCUGCAGUGGGCUGCCAUCAACACGGACCACCUGCAGGAGGAGGAGAGUUCACUGGCCUUCCUGCAGGAGUUUUAUAUGGCAGUGUCUGAAGAUGCCAGGCUUAUUCCUGCGCUUAAAGAGCAGCUCCCUGAACUGGAGAAGAUCCUCAAACACAACUCCGAAGAUGGGAAACCUUCUCAGAAAAAGCACAAAGUGCUGCUCCGCCAGUUCAGCAUGGGAGAUGAGAAACUGCAGAAACGGCAGCCAAUCAAGAGCACAGAUGAGAUCCUGUUUAAGGUGUACUGCAGUGACCACACCUACACCACCAUACGAGUGCUUGUGUCCGCGUCUGUCCGAGAGGUUCUGUCUGCUGUAGUUGAUAAACUGGGCUCACGAGAUGACCUCCUACUGGUGCACCUUAGCUCAGCAGGAGAUAAAGUGGUGCUGAAGCCCAGUGAAGUGUCCAUCUUCUCCUCUCUCAGUAUUAACGGACGUCUGUUUGCCUGCUCGAGGGAACAGCUGGACUCUUUGACUCCACUGCCAGAGCAGGAGGGGCCAUCGGUUGGGUCCAUGUCCAACUUUGAGUUGAUGAGCUCCAAAGACCUGGCCUAUCAACUAACAAUGUAUGAUUGGGAGCUCUUCAACUGUGUUCAUGAGCAUGAGCUGAUCUACCAUACGUUUGGGCGGCAACACUUCAAAAAGACGACAGCCAAUCUGGAUCUUUUCCUCCGCCGCUUUAACGAGAUCCAGCUGUGGGUCGUGACCGAGGUGUGCCUCUGUUCGGCCCUCAGCAAACGCGUCCAGUUACUGAAGAAGUUCAUCAAGAUCGCUGCACAUUGUAAAGAGUUUAGGAAUUUGAACUCUUUCUUCUCCAUUAUUAUGGGCUUAGGCAAUCCGGCUGUCAGUCGACUAAGUCAGACAUGGGAGAAACUGCCCAGCAAGUUCAAGAAGUUUUAUGGGGAAUUUGAAAACCUGAUGGACCCUUCUAGAAAUCACAGAGCGUAUCGCCUCACUGUGGCUAAACUUGACCCCCCUAUCAUCCCCUUCAUGCCCUUACUCAUUAAAGAUAUGACUUUUACUCAUGAAGGCAACAAGACGUUCAUCGACAGUUUGGUCAAUUUUGAGAAAAUGCGAAUGAUUGCCAACACAGUGAGAAUAAUGAGAUACUGCAGAAGCCAGCCAUUCACCCAUGAAGCUCCACAGGCCACUAAGAAUCACCAGGAUGUUCGGAGCUACAUUCGUCAGAUUAGUGUGAUUGACAACCAGCGUACCCUGUCCCAACUUUCUCACAAGCUGGAGCCCCGGAGGACCUGAGCUCUGCUCUACUAAAGAACUACAGUACCCAUGCUGCUUCAGUACUGCCAAUGAAUAAGCUAGCGAUGACAGCGUUCUUCCUCCCAUCUUCACUGGGGACCUGGCAUACCCUCAUUGGAAUUAUUUAUACCAUUGCCAAAAUACAGCUGAAUUGUAUUUUGAUUGACUGAAGGAUUCACGAUAGAAUACAAUCUUUUGCAGUUUUUUGUACCUCUGUGUGCUUCACUUGCUAUAUUUUUCCUGACAUGCUGAGAUGUUGCCCCAUAAUUCCAGGUUUUGUUUUUGGAUCCACCCAAAAGAACUGAAAUCUGGUCAUAGAAACAUCUUUUAAGAUUUGUUGGGAUGUUUUGUGAGGAACUUUUUACAAUUCUGAGGUUUUAAGAAGGAAUCAUUGCUCAAAAAUCGCACCUAAAGACUGUGAAGAAGCUUCUUAAACUGCAGAUGUUCUUCUGUUUAGUUUUUGUACAUGACUUUCUGUUUUUGAAUACUUGAGUUUUGUGGAUGUUUUGCAUCUGAUGUAAUAGUAAAAGUGUUUUAUUUAUUCACACCUCAGCAUGAAAUGACUCUAAACACUCCUCUGUGGGAUCCUAAGCACAUUUUACAAGCCUAUAAGUGAAUUGUGUGCAAAUUUCUACUUAUAUACUGUACACAUGGGUCAGCUAUAACAUUGAAACCACCUGCUAAAUACUGUGUAGGUCUCCCUUGUGCCACCAAAAAGCUUUAACCUGUCAAAACAUGGACUUAUAAGAAUACCCUGAAGGUGUUCUUUGUCAUCUGUUAUCAAAAAGUCUCACUGCCAGCUUUGCUAGCUUCCCUUAUUCCUGUUGUGCAUCUGAUUGCCAUAGCUUGCUUAGGAAUGUGACCAGACCACCUUCUUUCAUUGCUCCAUGCUCUAGGUUUUGAAGCCUACUGGAGGUGCUUUUGGCAGGGAACAGGCAUUGGCAUGGGCAUUCAGAUAGACUCUGUGGCAACACAGGCCCACAUGCAGCAAGAUGCAGCAAGACGCAGUUCACUGUGUUCAGAAAUGUACAAAUCAUCUGUGGGAUCAAAUCUAGCCCUAACUCCUCACAUACAUCCGAGGCCCUUGUUCAACAACAUAUAUUGGACACUUGAUGCCCAAUAUUUCCCAUCCCUAACCAGAUAAUCAGUGUUAUUUGUGUCAUCUUUUAGUGGUUUUAAUGUUAUGGCUGAUGUAUGUGUGUAUUGUAUAGUGCAGCUUGUAUGUGAUAGCACAGUGGCCAUAUGUUUUUGUUAUGUUUUGAGUCUGUUCUCCAGAACACAUUGACAUAAGUACAUAAGUAUUGGGACACUUCGUUCAUCAUGGUUUCUUCUGAAAUCAAGUGUAUUAAAAAAUUGUUGAAUAACUUUCUCUUCUGAAACAUUGCUGUCAGGAUUUGAUUGCAUUCAGCAACAAGAUCAUUAGUAAGGUAAAGAUGUUGGAUGGAUACCCACCCACCUCAUCCCCAUCUCAUUCAUUCCUCCCCAACUUAUCAAUUCAUCCCCAACUCAUCAUUACAUCCCAACUCAUCAACCCAUUCCAAAAGUAAUAGAGAGGCCACAGUUCCACCGCUCUACAGCCAGUGCUAGAGGAAUCUGUGGCAUUAGGUAGUGUCAGUAAGUACGUAGUUAUCUGCCCCAGGGAGGUCUAUUCAAUUGGCAGUAUUUCUCUACAAACUUUUGAAAAGCUAUUUGGACAUAUAGUGUAUCAGGAAAAGAAUGUGCAGCCCUUUUUAAACCUCUGUUCAAGUUAGGGAACUAGAGGGAAUUAGUGUUUCUGUUCCAUGGCCAGCCAUGUGUCACUGCACCAUUUAGCAUAUUCUAAACAAGACAGACAAGUGAACCACCUAACCUGGAAUCUUUCCAGCACUCAAUUGACUUGCUGUAAGCAAGACUGCAGGCAAAUGAGCAGGAACCAAAUAAGGAAAUAUUACAGACCCUGCAGCACGGCCAGGGAAGAUACCACAAGACUGCAAAAGUCUGAGUCACAUACUUUGAGUAGUUAUUUCCUGCAAAAGAUGUUGCAAGAGUUGACCAAGCAUCAACUAUGUCAAUUCUAUUUGUUAAUUUUCCCAAUUACAGUACUUACAGUUCCCUGAAAGCUGUUCCAGAUAUGACUCACCAGUACAAACAUAAAUACCUGCACAAUAAAAGUUAUGUUCUGUAAAAUGUUUCAUUUUACAUCUGCUGGAGUACAGAGACAAAACAUCAAAAACAUGCCACAGUUCAGUUACUACUGGACUAAAUGUGUGUUAUGUAAAUAUUUCAGCAUAAUUAAAAGAAGGCUUAUUUGGUGAUA